AGCUGUUCUGCACAGUGAGGCUGAGCAGUGAGAAGUGAAGGUCUCUCGUCUGUCCACGGACAAAUCGAACGCAUACGACACUGGACAUGACGUCAACAUGUGAUUUGUGCAGGUCUGAUUUUCCGAUUUUUGUGGUGUCUUCGUGGUUGCACGUUGAUCGAGGUCGACGUGGCCAGGCCUGCAGGGUAAGUAGUCCAGCCAGCCGACUCAAGGGGAGACUGAGAGUUACUUUCUUGUAGUGUUCGUCUUGCUGGGUUUGGGUGCUGGUUGCGGACACCAAGCCAAAAUGACGGUUGUACGUGUUGCUUUCUUGCUACUGGCAAUGAGCAGCGUGGCUUAUGUAGGUGAUGCUGCUGCUGUCAUGUCGAUUGAUUUCGGCUCAGAAUUUAUCAAAGUUGCAAUUGUCAAGCCUGGCGUGCCCAUGGAAGUAGCUCUCAACAAGGAGUCCAGGCGGAAAACCCCGAAUGUGGUGUCAAUGAGGGACGGAGAGAGGCUGUUUGGAGGCCCAGCUGUCAAUGUCGGUCUGAGAUUUCCCAAGUUUGCAUUUCGUUAUCUUCUUCACAUUCUGGGAGAGCAGUUUGAUAGCUCUGCAGUAAAGCAGUACAGUAAGCGGUUUCCCCAUUACAAACUUGUGAAAGAUGAAGUGCGCGGCACAGCGUGUUUGCAGUACAGUGACACAGAGACUUAUUGCGUGGAAGAACUCAUUGCAAUGAUGCUGAACAAUUCACGUGAGACGGCGCAGAAUUUUGCCGAGCAGGUGGUUAAAGACGUAGUGAUCACAGUGCCGGCGUUCUUCAGCCAAGCACAGAGACGCGCUAUGAUGUACGCUGCCGAUUUGGUGGGACUUAAUGUCCGCCAGCUGAUGAACUCUGGAUCGGCAGUGGCGUUGAACUAUGGUGUGUUCCGUCAGAAGACCUUCAACGACACGGCACAGCAUCUGAUGUUUUUCGACAUGGGAUCAACUAGCACGAUCGCGACCAUUGUGUCGUAUCAGACGGUAAAGAGCAAGGAGCUAGGGUUAACUGAGACCGUUCCUCAGCUCACUGUCCGCUCCGUCGGCUUUGAUCGUACUCUCGGUGGUUUGGAAAUGGACUUGCGUCUCCGCGACCAUCUUGCUACCGUCUUUGACUCGCAGAAGAAGACGUCAGAGAGUGUACGUUCAUCUCCCCGCGCCAUGGCCAAGUUACUGAAGGAGGCAAAUCGUGUCAAGCAAGUACUGAGCGCUAACGUUGAUCACAUGGCCCAGAUCGAGGGACUUCUUCCUGACAUUGACUUCCGUGCCAAAGUCACACGAGAGGAGUUUGAGAAGAUGUGCGAGGAUGUUUUCGCCAGAGUGCAAGCACCUGUUGAGCAGGCACUAAAGGCUGCUGAAAUGGAUGCAUCUGAUCUUGAGCAGGUCAUUAUUGUUGGUGGCGGCUCUCGUGUGCCCAAAGUUCAACAACUCCUUAUGGAGGUCACCAAGAAGACCGAGUUGGGCAAGUCUGUGAACAGUGAUGAAGCAGCUGCUCUUGGUGCGUCGUAUGCUGCUGCCGGCUGGAGCAAGGCAUUCCGUAUCAAGAAAUUCAAAGUGAAGGAUUCUAAUCUGUACCCGCUAGAAGUGUCCUAUGAUCGUAAGGCCGACGACGGGAAACUCAAGCACAUCACACGGGCAUUGUACACCACCGCGAAUCUGCCGCCAGUCAUGAAACUCAUGACCAUCAAUCACUUCCAAGAGGAUUUCCAGUUCGCUGUCGCCUACUGCAAUCUGACCCACCUGAGCGAGACACAAGUCGCUCAGCAAGGCUCCAGCAGCGUACUCCGGGUGUCCGUCGGCCAGCUGUCUAACGCCUUUGCCAGUUAUACAGCCGACACACACGACACGAAGGGCGUGAAGGUGCACUUCAAUCUGGAUGCAAGCGGAGUGUUCUCCGUGAACCGAGUUGAGGCUGUUUUUCAGAAGAAAACCAAUGCGUCUGAGAACCAACCAAGCACUCUCUCCAACAUUGUUGAUGGCAUUUCCAGUUUCUUCUCCGGAUCCAGCAAGACAUCUGACAGUGACAGCGAUGCAGGUGAAGGACCGAGUGACUCGGCUGAUACACCAUCCAGCUCAUCUUCAUCAGCCACCUCUGCUGAGGCGUCCAAAGAUGGUUCCAACAGCACUGCCGACUCCUCAAACUCUGCAUCAUCCAACAACACCAGCAGCACUGAGGCUACUAAGUCACAGAAUGCUACCAAGCUGACAACUAUCCGUGUUCCACUCAAGUUUUCUGUCCAGUACUUGGACGUUGCCGAGCAAUCAGAGUCGGUGAGGGAGGCCUCGCUCAAACGUCUUCAAGACAUGGCCGCUAGAGACCUCGAGAAAGUGCUUCUUGAGGCAGCCAAGAACGCACUGGAAGCGUUCAUUUUCGACAUGCAGGAUAAACUAACCACCGAUGUGUACACCGAGGCAUCAGUGGACGAGGAGAGAACGAGUGCGACCACUGCCCUGUCGGCUGCUUCCGAGUGGCUGUAUGAGGAGGGCGAAGAUGCCACUAGGGAUAUCUACGAUUCUAAACUAAGCGACCUGAAGAAGCUAACAACUCAGAUUGUUUAUCGCGUUACCGAGCAUCGUGACCGGCCGGAGCAGGUCAAGAAACUCCGCAGCCUGCUGAACGUAUCGUAUCACUUUGCUGCUGAAGCACAUAACCAGACGAAGCCAGCAGCUGGCUAUGUUGACAGCUUGUACACCAUGGUUGAAGUGGACACACUCGACAAGCUUAUCAAUAGCACUGAGAAGUGGUUGAAUGAGAGCGAAGCAGAGCAGGCAACGCUGAAGAAGUCCUCCGAUCCCAUUCUCACCUUGCAGGCUAUUGCAGACAAAAUGAAUGCGCUUGCCCGUGAAGCCAGUUACCUGAACAACAAAGCAAAGUACUUUGUGCCCACAAAGAAGAAGGUACGCUCAAAGUCCAAGACGCCGAACUCCACCAACACCACCACGGCUAAUUCAACAACAGCUGAUGCAGACAGUGGCAAGGAGAGUGCAGACAAGGACACAGCACAGGAUGAUGCAACAUCUGAAUCAAGCUCUGCCAACAAGAAAUCUACUAGCGAUAGCAAGGGAAAGAGUGAUGAUGAAACGGAUCAGACAUCUUCAUCUUCGACGGAAGAGCCUGCUGAUGAUGCAAAGUCGAGCUCAGAUCAUUCCGAACUCUAGAAGUGACAUUGUCCUGUGGGGCCGUGUGUGUGUGUGUGUACGUGUGUGUGUACGUGUGUGUGUGUGUGUCGGUGUGUGUGUGUGUCGGUGUGUGUGUACGUGUGUAUGUGUGUGUGUGUAUGUGUGUGCGUAUGUGUGUGUGUCAGUGUCGGUGGUGGGAGGAUGAAGUAGACGAUGUCGCUUUGGUCAGUGCAUCGUCUGCUGCUGCUGUUCGUGUGAACGGUUGAGACAGUAGAUUGCUGGUGUAACUGUUUGCCACACUACCAACACCAGCACCCAUGUGCUAUUAUGCAAGUACAGUUGCAGCAGCCACAGCAACAGCCAGCAGUACAUCUACUCAGCUUUGCUACCUGCACUCAAGCUAUAUACGUAACCACCACCCACUCUCUCGCUAUCUGCAGUCAUUGCUACAGUGUACAUUGCCAUGUGGACAGUGUACAUUGCCAUGUGGACAGUGUACAUUGCCAUGUGGACAGUGUACAUUGCCAUGUGGACAGUGUACAUUGCCAUAUGGACAGGACCAUACCAUGCCGUAUUGUGCUGAUGUAUAGUGUCAUUACGAUGUCAUCGCAACGAUUUGCUGACUACACGUACCUGAUGCGUCCGAGAACAGCAUCAUAAAAACUAAAAUCUCACAGUGUAACCAUGCAUAUAAUAUUCUGCUGUGUUAACCCAGGCUACAUGUUGAUGACUAGAUCUAUUAUGCUUGCAGGCACUGCUGUCAUCGUCAUUACCGGUAUUUGCAGGCACUGCCGUCAUCGUCAUUACCGGUAUUUGCAGGCACUGCUGUCAUCGUCAUUACCGGUAUUUGCAGGCACUGCUGUCAUCGUCAUUACCGGUAUUUGCAGGCACUGCCGUCAUCGUCAUUACCGGUAUUUGCAGGCACUGCCGUCGUCGUCAUUAUUUAUCAACUUGCUUUUACAGUGUAUACCAGAGACAAUUGAAAGAGAAACUGCUUUUAUUAAUUAUCCAUGUUGUAGUGAGAGUAUCAUACAACACAUUUCAGCGCAAUCAUAGUAUUGACCAUGCCUGUUACAUA